AGGCAACGCGGCACCGAAAUAAUGUCUGAUUAGUGGAUUCUUCGAGAAAGGAGUCUGCGCGCUACUCGCUGCGCGCCCCUCCCCCAGUUUAGGCGGAAAGGUCCCGGCGCUUUGAUUUUUGCUUCAACUUCCCGCGAGAAAAAAAGAGCCGCUUAAGAGACGCGCGCUGCCUGGGACUCGAACCCGCGGACCUGGCCCUGGGGCAAUCCCGCUCGUAUCCUUGAACGUCCGGCCCGAGCGGGAAGCCCACGACCCCGGUUUGAAACUCUGGGAGGCCUUCCGGGAGGAUACCUCCCCAGGUAGGCGAGGAGGCUCCGCCCCUGACUGCGCAAGCCUCCAUUAAGGAGCCCCCGGCAAAAAGGGGCCGGUCUCGCGCGCUCCCGCGCCGCGCUUGGCCCUCCUCCAGCCCGCCCCGCCCCGCUGCGGGAAGGGGGCGUGCCCGUCGAGUUCGGGAGCAACGUCAGUCGCCCGCCCCCGAGGGGACCCGGAAGCGGAACCGGCGGUUCCGCCGCGGGGGGCGGGGCCAGGCUGGCGUUAGAGGAGGCGGCAGCGGCUGAGGAGGCCCCAGUUGACUGAGUAGCUGCAGCGGCGGAGGCUGCAGCCUGGGGGCGGAGAAGAAGCCUCGCGGAGGCAGGGGGGCGGGCGGGCCCAUGGUGCGAGGCCGCCGCGAGGAGGCCGCCGCGGGAGAAGCGCCGGGCUGAGAGCGAGCACGGCCGCGCCGGCCGGCCAGGCCUCGCGGGACCCCGCGCCGAGCCAUGGGCUCCCUGUUCCGCAGCGAGGCCAUGUGCCUGGCGCAGCUCUUCCUGCAGUCCGGGACCGCGUACGAGUGUCUCAGCGCCCUCGGAGAGAAGGGCCUGGCCCAGUUUCGGGACCUCAACCAAAAUGUAAGCGCUUUUCAGAGAAAAUUUGUUGGGGAGGUGAAGCGGUGUGAAGAGCUUGAACGAAUACUGGCAUAUUUAGUGCAAGAAAUUAAAAAAGCUGAUAUUCCCCUUCCUGAUGGAGAUACCAGUCCUCCUGCCCCACCUUUUAAACAAGUUUUGGAAAUGCAGGAACAAUUGCAGAAACUGGAGGUUGAAUUGAGAGAAGUCACCAAGAACAAAGAAAAACUGAGAAAAAACCUACUUGAGCUGAUUGAGUAUACGCACAUGUUAAGAGUGACCAAAACCUUUGUUAAAAGGAACAUAGAGUUUGAACCCAGUUAUGAAGAAUUUCCUUCUUUAGAAAAGGAUUCUUUGUUGGAUUACAACUGUAUGCAGAGACUGGGUGCAAAAUUGGGAUUUGUGUCUGGUUUAAUUCACCAAACAAAAGUUGAAGCAUUUGAAAAAAUGUUGUGGAGAGUUUGUAAAGGGUAUACCAUUGUGACUCAUGCAGAACUGGAUGAGUGCCUUGAAGAUCCUGAGACAGGAGAUGUCACAAAAUGGUAUGUGUUUUUAAUAUCCUUUUGGGGUGAUCAGAUUGGCCAGAAAGUUAAGAAGAUUUGUGACUGUUAUCACUGCCAUGUUUACCCCUACCCCAGUACUGUUGAAGAACGAAAAGAAGUUCAUGAGGGACUAAAUACACGAAUACAGGAUCUUUAUACUGUGCUGCACAAAACUGAGGACUAUUUAAGGCAGGUGUUAAGCAAAGCUGCUGAAUCAGUUUGUACUCGAGUUGUCCAAGUGCAGAAGAUGAAGGCCAUUUAUCACACGCUGAACAUGUGCAGCUUCGAUGUCACAAAUAAGUGUCUCAUUGCUGAAGUCUGGUGUCCAGAGGCAGAUCUACACAAUUUGCGUCAGGCUCUGCUGGAGGGAUCUAGAGAAAGUGGAGUGACAAUCCCAUCGUUUAUGAACACCAUCCCAACAACUGAAACACCUCCAACUCUGAUACGAACCAACAAAUUCACAGAAGGAUUCCAGAACAUUGUGGAUGCCUAUGGAGUUGGAAGCUAUAGAGAAGUAAAUCCAGCCCUCUACACUAUCAUCACAUUUCCCUUCUUAUUUGCUGUGAUGUUUGGAGACUUUGGGCAUGGCUUUCUCAUGUUCUUAUUUGCCCUCCUGUUGGUGUUGAAUGAAAACCAUCCCAGACUGAAGCAUUCUCAAGAUGAGAUCAUGAAAAUGUUCUUUGAUGGCCGCUAUGUCAUUUUGCUGAUGGGAUUGUUCUCAGUAUACACAGGCCUCAUCUAUAAUGAUUGUUUUUCAAAAUCAGUUAAUCUGUUUGGCUCUGGAUGGAAUGUGUCAGCAAUGUUUAAAUCUACUCUAGAUGACACCAAUACUUCAGGUCACUGGAAUGACAAUGAUAUAAAGGCCAAUGCAUUUCUUCAGUUGGAUCCAGAUACUACUGGUGUGUUCCAAGGUGCUUAUCCUUUUGGCAUAGAUCCGAUUUGGAAUUUGGCCACAAAUCGUCUCAGUUUUUUGAACUCUUUCAAAAUGAAAAUGUCUGUGAUUUUUGGAGUUACCCACAUGACUUUUGGAGUUGUUCUUGGAAUCUUUAACCACUUGCAUUUCAAGAAGAAGUUCAAUAUUUACUUGGUAUGCCUCCCAGAACUCUUGUUCAUGCUCUGCAUCUUUGGAUACUUGAUAUUCAUGAUCAUCUAUAAGUGGCUCACUUAUUCAGCAGCAAAUUCUAGGCUCGCACCCAGCAUUUUAAUUGAAUUUAUCAACAUGUUUUUAUUCCCAUCUGGUGGAGCAGCAAGUGGACUUUAUCAAGGACAGAGUCAUGUCCAGAAGUUUUUAUUAGUUGUGGCAGCAGUUUCUGUUCCUGUACUAUUCUUGGGAAAACCUCUUUAUCUGCUUUGGCUACACAAUGGAGGUCGAUUAUUUGGAUUGCACAAGAGUGGAUAUACUCUGGUUCGUAAAGACAGCGAAGAAGAUGUUUGUUUGCUGGGUUCUCAAAAUGUGGAGGAAGGAAUUAGCCACUUUGAGGGGGAAGGACGGAAGGAUGAAGAGGAGUUUAAUUUUGGAGAGAUCUUUAUGGCUCAAGCAAUCCAUGCAAUUGAAUAUUGUCUUGGCUGCAUCUCCAACACUGCAUCAUACCUGAGACUUUGGGCACUCAGUUUAGCUCAUGCACAGUUAUCUGAGGUCCUAUGGGCAAUGAUAAUGCGUGUUGGCCUCCGUGUAGAUAGAACAUAUGGAGUAUUGCUGCUGAUUCCUUUGGUGGCCCUCUUUGCUGUUUUAACAAUCUUAAUUCUCUUGGUCAUGGAAGGCCUUUCUGCAUUUCUUCAUGCUAUACGGCUGCAUUGGGUGGAAUUUCAGAACAAGUUCUACAUCGGUGCAGGCACCAAAUUUGCUCCUUUCUCGUUUAAACUACUCUCGUCACAGUGUAAUAAAGAUGACAUGGCAUAAUUUAGCUGCUGUAACCAUGUGCUCUCAGCAUGAUGGUGAAUUAUCAUGUUAUUAAAUUUUACUGAAGUAGAAUUUAUAAUAGAAACAUGUUGUUCCCCUACCCCCCAUUGCCUUAUAUAAUACAGCCAAAUAAUUCUGUCAUUUAGACUGCUGCCUUAUGUUGAAUAUUUUGUAAAGCUUAUUAGUCUUAGAGAUUUAAGUUUCUUUUGACUGUUUUCAUGAUGAUCAAAUGUAAGUCAGUUGUUAUAUUUUAUGUUAAUGCUUAUUCUAAAAAAUUAGUUGUUGCUUUUUAGGCAGGGGUGGAGGGAAGUUUACUUCUUAUGACUCAGAUUGAUUGUCUUAUGGUAUUUAUUUUCUGUUCAUCUGACCAAUAUAAAGCACUCCCUCACUAAAGUUAACUGGUUUAUAUAAUUUUGUAACAACUGAAAUUAAGCUUUUAAAAGCUGUCAUUAAUAAGCAAAUGCAAAAUUAUUAGCACUGGUAGUGUUCGGUUUUUGCCAAUUUUAAAUGUGACGAAAUGUUUGGUCUUACCAUAGCUGUGAUAUUACUGAGAAACCAAGCUUUUCCCUACUUAUUCUUCAGUGUUUUAAUUGAGGAAAAAUGGGAUAAAAUUGCAUCCAACAGAUAAUUUGUUCCAGUGCUGAAAAACUGGUAAAGGGUUUUGUCCUUUUCUUCUCGCAUAAACUCUUGAUGAUGACUGCACGCUGUGAAAGUUAUGCUGUGGGGCUGAGCCCUAUUGCCAAGUAUGGAAUUAGAAGCUAUUAUGGAUAUGAUUGGACUGUAAUAACCAGCUUCUGACUGAUGUUACUUAACCAAAGUUGUUUAUAUUGAGUGAAGGAAAGGUACAAAGUAAUCUUUGGUAUAUUUUUAUAACAAAAUGUAUAUUAAAAUAUUUUACCACUGAUAGAUAUACAUCUGUUAUAGAAACAUCAUAAUUAUAUUUUUCUUUCAGAUUAAUUCUGAAUAAAGAUCUAAUUCCCACUUAGAUUAAGUAUUUUAAGUUGAUUUUCAGUCAUUCUGUUUAAAUUCAUUUAUAACUAAUCCUUAUUGUUUCAAUUGUGAUCUUUAAAUUUAAAUUCAAAUAAUUCCAUCCAUUCAUAUUUUUAGCUUUGAAUGAGCAUUUCUCCCCUUUUCAUUGAAAAUUGUGAUCCUCUUCCAUAUGGCUUUUUUAUAAAAUUCAUUGUCAUGCUGUUUUAAAAUGUUCUGGAUUAUAAUUUUUAAAAUGAGUCACCUGGAAUGUAUAUGCUUUCUUAAAGUUUAGGAAGUUUUGGUUUUUGUACUAAAUAUUUAAAGUCCUACUUCAGUGCCUCCUUGUGGUAUGUAGGUGGCCCCAGGUUUUUGAAAGUGCUAUUAAGUGAAGUCCAGAUACAAAGCGCAGGUUCCAGGCACAGUGGUCUGUCACUUGCAGACCAGCACCUGAGUAUAGGAGGCUGGAGCAGGAGGCUAGUCUGGCCUCCUGAUGAAUGUUUGUAACUAGUUGUGAUGUAUUUUAGUGGAGGGAAUAAUCGCAUAGAUGAAGAAGCAGAGCCUUGAAAUGAUUUAAAGUACCAAAUUGUAAAAUUUUAGUUAGCAGUGAAAUUAGCACAUUUAAUAUUGAUUCCAUUUGAAGCUCUAGAUUUGUGAUCUUACUUGGGACAGUCUCAUGUACUAAUAAUAAUGAGAUAGUAUUACUGCAUUCAAAAGGUCUAUAGGAAAGAGCAUUCCACAGUAGUGGGCUGAGACAGGUGGCCUCUGGAAGAUGUAGUUGUUACCCUGACUUUACCUUUAAAAUUGUAAGAAAUAAUUCUUUUGUGGACAUUUGAUGGAAAGUUAUUUAAUUUAAAUUAGAGGUUAUCAUUUCUUGUUUGAUACACUAAAACAGCAAAUGCAGAAAGGUAAUACAGCUGAAAUUUCAAAUUAUAUAUAUAUAUCUGAAUUCUCCCUAGAAAGUUGCCAUUUCUGUUGCUUUAAUAUUGACUUUCUAAAAUUAUCGUUACUAAUUCAUAUCUAGGAAAUCACAGUGAAACCACACCCAUUCAGUUUUGAUGGGAUUUUAGUGGCUGAAGGAAAAAUGAUAAAUUUCAGAGUAAUGGAUGAAUAUAGUAUCUGCUGGAGUCUGUUCACUACCCCAUUGCAAUAACUUUCUAAGUGCACCUCAUGGUCUCUUAAAUGGCUGACUAGAAUGGGAAGAGAAGGCUACCUUAUCAAAUUAGAAUCAGAGAAUAUCAAGGUAGGCAGAAUUUACUUAAGUAAAUGGUGAUUUUUAAUCUCAACUUUGGUGAAUGUAUCUUCUGGAAAUGUAAUUGUUUCUAGAAAAUAGAUUUUAUGACUUGACACAUUCUUGCCAUGUGGCUAAAAAGGUAGCUCUCCUCUGUGUUAUGUAAGCUAUUUGAUAGUUUGAUAGUAUAUAUGCAUUUUAGUUGUAAAAUGUAAAUUUUGUCCAUAUGAUGAGAAAUGUGAAAAAUGAAAACCAGCUAGAUGAUUCUAAAUGGUAGACCAGUGGUGGCAAACUCCAAUAGAAACUGAUCUCUGCCAAAUGCACAGUGACUUAUACAACACAAGUAAUAGUAAUUUAUGGUUUUCUGUUUUGUUAAUCAUUUCCUCAUUUACGUUUUAGUCUGGUUUGUACAGCAUAGGAUGACUUUGCAGUUUGAUAUCUUAAAUUAGACAAAAUAUCUCAGUUUUUGAUGAAUGAAAACCUUAAAAUGUCAAGGAAUUUCUUCAGAGAAAGCAAUCCCCAAUAGAAAUUUGCUGCAGUCAGCCAGAAUGCCAGAUUUAGCUGCAUUGGCAAAAUCGGGUGUUCAUUCAGAGGGUUAAAGUGUACAAAGAUGUGGGUGUAAUAGAUUUGAGUUGUUGGAUCUCCAUUUUUGUAUUAUGAUAGCUUCAAGUUUUAAUGAAAGCUGUUUGGUCUUAAUUUCUAGGAGUUUUUGGAAUAUUACUCCAGUCUCUGCUUCGAAAUACAAACUAUACAAGUUAAAAUAAGGCAUUCGAAAAUCAACACAUGCGUGCGUGUGUGUAAUGUAUAACUAUACGCAUAUAUCUAUACACUUGUAUAUUUGUAUGUAUGUAUGUGACGGGAUAGGGAUUGGACCUGGGAUGGCAUUGGUAUAAGGAGCUUUCAGCCAAGGAAACUCCCUCCACCAAUACAAGUUAGCACCUUUUCUACACCUUGUGGUCUUAGCAAGGUGCUUGAAACACUUAAGAAGUAAAGUGACUUGCUUAGAGCCAAUAUGAAUUGGAGGUAGGACUUGAAUCCAGGUCUUCCCGGCUUUAAGGCCAGCUUUCUAUCCACUACACCGUGCUGCCUCUCAUGUAUUAUAAUUAAAAGUUUAACUUUUAUUCAUCAUGCCCUGACUCCUUUGGGAUCUAAAACUGAACUAUGUAUUAAACAAAUACUAAUUUCUUAGAUUCUAGUCUAUUUUAAAAUAAGGAAGUUUUUAGUUUGCAUGCCCAUGUAUCGGCACUGAGGUUAAUGCUAGGAAAGAGGUGCUCUUUCAGUUCUGAAAGUAAAAUAAAAGUAUUCAGCAGACACAUCCUGGUAUUGUCUGUCAGGCUAUGGGAGGUUAUUGUUUGCUUAGAAAUUGUUAAAGGAUUAGAAGAUAAUAGUAUUUUGACAGUAAACUCCAAAGGAAAGGCUACAGUUUUACUGAAGACAAUUUAGUGACUUAGAGAAUCAGAAUUGUGUGAGGGGGGAAAAGACUGGAGAAUUCAGCUGGAGCACUCCUUAAUAUGUUCAAUAAUUGAAAAGUUGCAUCUUCCUGUCAGUAUUUGGAUGUUGAACAUGAUUUUAUUCAACAAAAAUAAACAUUUUUUAAAAAU